AUGUUACCAAUUAAUUUAGAUAAUUUGACAUAUAUUUCGAUGUAUACAAACAAUAUUAACUUUGAUGAAUUUGAAAUCUUUAUUGAAAAUAUAUAUUCGAAAUUAAAAACUUUAUAUGUUACUUUUUUAUAUCAAGAUAUAACUUUUCUUCAUGCUUAUCGAUGGGAACAAUUAAUUUUACGAUAUUUAUCUCAAUUGAAAAAAUUUUCUUUAAAAUAUUAUGAACAUAAAUAUUCAAUAUAUUCUGGAGAACGAAAUCAAUUCGUUUCACCAUUUUGGAUUGAACGAAAAUUGAUAUUUAAUGUUGAAAUUAAUGAAUAUAAUAUUCUUUAUUUGGUUUGUCCAUACAGUAAAAGAUGGUAUGAAUAUAAAAAUUUUACUGCUGAUUAUUUAAAAUCUACUCAAUUGACUAUCAAAUACGUUUUUUCUGGUGAACCUGCUGAUAAUUUAUUCAUGUAUAUUAAACGUAUUUUAAAUAAAGUACAAAUUUAUCAUUUGAAUAUUCAACAACAAAUUUCUAUUGAUAGAUUAAUGCAAAUUAUACAUUUAUUACCAGAUCUUAUUACAUUACAAAUUAAUUCUUUAGCAUUUUAUCGAUCAUUCUUCGAUGAAGAAUUUCCUACAACAUGUUCAAUAGAAAAUGCAAGUAAAAUUAAAAAAGUUUAUAUGGAGAAGACGGAAACAAUUAAAGAAAUUUAUUUUCUUCUUGAUGUUUUUCCGCAUAUGGAAUUUCUUUAUGUCGAAUGUAUUCAUGGUAUGUCUAUUGAAUUAUUUCUACGAGAUAUUUUAAACAAAAUUAAUAAAGAUCUUCGUUUAUUAUGUAUUUAUGUUUCAAAAGUAGAUGAUAAUAUGAUUAAAAGAUUAAACGAAAUGAUUGAUAAUGAAAAACUUUUAUCAAAUUAUACAAUUCAUCAUGAGCUUGAUAAUAUCUAUUUGCAGUGGAUAUGA